AUGGACCAGUUUUCUACACAAUCGUUAUCAUUCAACAGCACGAACUUCACUUGUACAACACCUCUACUCUGGACUAAAGAAGCGACUGAAGAUCGAAGAGCGCGGCUUAUUGCUUGUAGCGUAGCAGUGUUCACACAUACGGCAUUUUGGCUACAGCUUCUGUUUUGUCCAUCUGUUCGGCAGAAGUCUAUGCAAUGGAUCUAUGCUUACCUUGUCACCGAUAUUCUUCUCCUAAUGCGUUUUUUCUUCAUUUAUAUUGUUCGCAUAACAGCCACCGAAUGUGAACCGACUAAAUUAUGGUUUUACUUCGUUUGCUAUGUCGAAGCAACCGUGGAUAACUAUCUCAAUGUCCUGGAGGUCUAUAUGCUUCUGGCGUUGAACAUUUGCCGUUAUAUUCAAAUAGCAUACAACAAAAAUGUCUACCAACUUCACAAGAAACUUUUACUUGUCACUCACAUUACUAUGUAUGUAUCUACAGCGUUCUCAUUCAUCAUACAGUUUUCAGUGAAAUGGGCACGGUUAGAUAUCAAAUUUCAAGAUUCAUGUCAAGUCACUUAUACCAACAUCUACAUUCAAGUGUUCAAUAUCAUCACUGCAUUUGCUUUACCCAUUCUGCUGAACGUUGUUGUCAUCUAUAUGAGCGCACGGCAUGUUCGAUUGACAUCAACGUUACAACGAGCGACACAUGUGUCUGCUCGGGAAAAAUACAAUCGAUCACUGGUUAUCCAAUUCCUUAUUUUUUACAUUAUUUGGGUCGCACUAUGGUCGCCCAAUGUUAUUCUAUUUCAGAUAGCUGGUGGCGGAACUUUAACUGCGACCUUUCGCUUGCUGAAUUUUAUCGAAAUUGCUCUGGAUCCAUUGAUCAUAGCUGCACUUGAUGUACGUUUUUGGCAAGCAUGGCAAAAAUUCGGGCAAUAUGUUCGAGUAGAAAUAGUAAAACGUGGUUCAACUGCUGGACGGAUUGGGCCGACAACAACGAGAGUAAAUGUGGUUUCAUUUAAAACAGUACAACAACAAACAACGAAUAUUUAA